CUUCAUAACCUGUGACUUCCUGUCAUUCUUCUUCACUUCCUCGUGUGUGCGUUUGUCCCCUUUUCAAGGCCUGUUGUAUUGGACGAUUACCGUGAAAUACUCGAGGGGAAACCUUUCCUCAGUGGCCUCUGCAUGGAAACAUGUUUUAAUGAAACCAGCUCGCCGUAUCAAGGCUCUGCACACUUCCUGUCCUGGAGGGAGGGCGUGUGGAGGAGGAACCAGGAGAAGCUGGAUAUACAGAGGCAGCGAGAAGAGAAACUCAACGUAAAGGAGAUAAACGAGGAAUUGGACGACUCAGAGAAGAUGGAGUCUUCGUUCUGCUGGUUACCCCUUGUGAUCUUCUUCAGAACCAUCUGGGCCUCUUCGCCGCCUUACACUGUCCACAGUGAUCGGGUCAGCUUCCACCAGGCCUCCGAGCUCUGCCGCCCCGGCGUCCUCACCAAGCUCUCCAGCCAACAGGAGGUCCGCGAUGUCCUCGGGUUUGUCUCCGGCUCAGCGACUCCGUUUCAGGAGGAAUUCAACUUCUGGGUCGGGCUGAAGAAGCUCAAGGAUGAGUGCGUCAUUCCCACGCUCCCUCUGAGGGGGUUCAAGUGGACCGAGGAUGGCAGUCAAGAAUUCCAGGUGAGCCAAUGGGCACAGGAGCCGCAGGACACCUGCACGGCGGUGCGCUGCGCGGUGCUGAAUGGGCGGUGGGAUGGGUCCAACUUCACCAGCUGGGGACUGGUCCCGGUCAGCUGUAAGAGCAACUACCAGUUUAUCUGUAAGCUGAGAGAUGGAGGAACCAGUGCCAAACCAGCAGAACCAGAACCAACAGAACUAGCAGCACCGGAAACACAAAAUGCAGCAUCGCCGAGACCACCAAAAUCCGUAGCAUCAGAGCCAACUUCCCCACCAAAACCAGCUGGAUUAGAACCAACAGAACUACCAAAACCAGCUGCAUCACAAUCAACAGCAGUACUCAAAUCAGCUGCACCAGAACCACCAACGCAUGCUACUCCGGCUAAAUCAGAACCAAGACCUUCAACACAACAACCAGACACAUCUAAACGAGAACCUGGGCUUCCUUCUCUCGGGCCGAAGCCUGAAACCGACCCGAAGCCUGAAACUCGACCUGAGCUCGGGUCCGGUUCCUGUCAGAACCCCCUCAUCCCCAGUGCUCGCUCCAUCAGCUUGGACAACAGCAGCCGGAUCCAGGUGGAGUGCUGGUCCUCUGACCGGGUGGAGCUGCUCUGCUCGGGCCAUCCCCCUGUCUGGGGACUUCUGGACGGCUCGCCGGCAAACUUCUCCACUGUGUGCGUGCCGUGUGGAUCUGGCUUCCGGAAAGACGAGUCCGGAUUCUGCGUGGACGUGGACGAGUGCGCCGGCGCCGCCUGCAGGCACAGCUGCCUUAACACGGCAGGCUCCUUCAGGUGCUUCUGCUCCAACCAGGACGGGGAACGCGUUGACGAGGACUCGCCGGCGUGCGCCGAAGCCACGAUGGCCGGCGUCCUGAUGCCGGUGCUGGUUGCCACGGCGACGCUGGCGUUGCUGGUGCUGGUCGUUGCGGUGACGGUGAAAUGUUGUCUGAUAAGGCGCUCAAAGACACGCGCCAUGAAGAAGGCCGAGAAGAUGGGGAUGAAGAGCGAUGAAGACUCCUUCCAAAGGCCGUGAGACAUCGCCAGUGUGCCGCCACCUUUUUACAAUUUGUAUGUUUUAAAUGUUGAAAUAUAUAUAAGUCACUCUGAGACAGGUGAACUUCGACCUCAUUUGAACAUAAAACAUUAGCAAGUUUUUUGUGAUAUUUAAGAGAACGUGAAGAAGGAAAAUUGAAUCAAUAAAAUUAUUCCCUACGACAAAACGGAAGGCGUUUUUUCUGUACGCGUAUAUAGAUGAUUGAAGUUGAAAAGGACAUUUCUGGAUUAUGAAUUAUUUUAACAUAAUGAUAAUUGUUUAUACCUUUUGAUCAAUAAAGAUUAUUGCUAUUUAAAAAUGAA